AUGGACGAUAAUUCUCACACGGCGAAGAAGCGGAAGCGUAACUCAGAGAGAGCACGUGUGACGCGAGCGUGCGAUCGUUGCAAGCGGAGAAAAGUCAAGUGUGAUGGUGUGCAGCCAUGCGAGUUCUGCUCGCGUGCCGAAGCUGAGUGUACCUUCAAGACGACCUACACCCGAGGCCGGGCGCCCUCAAUCCAGCAAGCUCAAUCUUCAGGCACGGCCGAAGCCCCGGGAGGCACGCCAGUGAUCGCCGCCUCAGCGGACGAGAGCACUGCUGCGCCAGCAGGACUCAAUGGCACAAUAUCCGGACAAUAUGCCAGGCAGUCUAAUGAACAGUCUUCAGGCCUGGCAGUAACCUCGACUUCACCAUCUUCUGUUGAGUCAACUCACAAAUCGCCAGCGGAGUCGCAGACAGGCCUUCACGGUAAAUACAUUGGGCCGGCGUCAGGUGUGUCUUUUCUACAAAGAGUUCAGACUCGUUUGGGCCAGGCUGUCUCGUUCUCCCACCCGGACAGCAUCUUUACGUUUGGCGAUGCACCUCUCUCGAAGCCGGAAGAGGACCUAUCCUUCUGCUUCAUGCUCCCUCGUGUCGAUGCUCAGCGUCUGAUCGAUCGAUACUUCGACUUUGCCAUGCCGACCUACCGCUUCCUCCACAGGCCGACCAUUCAGACCUGGUUCACGGAGUUCUACGAAACUUAUGGGACGAUGCAUGCCGUGUCAACGGCUUCUGCUAGGAUUGCGCUGCUGUUAAUGGUACUGGCGCAUGGAAGGGUCUACAUGCCGGAUGAUGACAAGCCCGGCCCACCAGAUCUGAGGUAG